AUGAGCUCAACCAACACAAUCGCCAAGAUCAUUGGUAUCACCUCUGCUGCCUGGUUAUCCGGCAAUAUAUCAUCACUAUCUCUGAUCUCCAUCCCUGCUGUUGCCAACAUCAAAAAAGACUCUUCGCUGUCUAAUGCGCAUGCCGUCAGAAUCUGGCAACAAAACUACCGACGAGGAGCAUUCCAGGCCCCUCCUAUUGCCCUUGGUGCUUCCGCUACUCUCGGAUAUCUAGCUUGGUCAUUGCGUCAUCUUCGCACAGUUACGGCAGUGGGUUUGGGACCUAGUGCUCUGUUUGCUAUUGCAGCGGUAUCCACGAUUGCAAUCGUGCCGUUCACGAUUGUUCUUAUGAGGCCUACGAAUAAUGAGUUGUUGGGGCUUGCUGCUAGGGCUCAGAAGGAUGAGGCCUCUGUAGCAGAGACUAAGGAUGUGGAAGGGUUGUUGGAGAGAUGGACUGCUUUGAACCGUGUCAGGGGUGUUCUCCCUAUGGUUGGGGCGGUCAGGUCAAUGGGAUUGGACAACAGGUUACACGUUGAGCCCGGCAGCUUGGGAGGAAGCAGUUUAUGUGAUAUCAAAGACCAUAUAUGA